AUGCUAUUACUUCGCAUUGGCCUGGGCAAUACACAUGGCCUUUUGGUGCCGCAUACGGCCACAGAUCAAGAACUUUUGCAUUUGACAAAUUCUCUUCCGGAUAAAGUUAAAGUGGUGCGGCUUGAAGAACGGUUAUCAGCACUUGGUAAUACUAUCGUUUGUAACGACUAUGUGGCUCUAGUGCAUCCAGAUCUAGACAAGGAAACGAUUGAGCUACUAAGUGAUGUCCUCGACGUGGAAGUCUUUUGCGGUUUGGUUGCCGGUCAGCCUUUGGUUGGCACUUAUUGCGUGCUGACCAAUCAAGGAGGUUUGGUUCACCCACGAACCACCGUGGAUGAUCUCAAUCAGUUGAGCAGCCUCCUGCAGCUACCGCUUACCGCGGGUACAGUGAAUCGAGGAAGUCCAAUGGUAUCCUCUGGCCUUGUGGUAAACGACUGGACCGCUUUUUGUGGGUUGGACACAACGAGCACAGAAAUCCAGGUGAUUGAAUCCAUAUUCAAGCUGGCAGGCGAUUUGGACGUACCGGCGACUUCCACGAUGCGCGACACAUUGGUCGAAAGCUUGGGGUGAGAACAGCCUCUGUGUUGCUGGAUUUUCCGCGCUAACCUCCACAUGUACAAAAAAUGAAAUAUACACACGCCUUGUAAAGC